AUAUUUAUAAACAAUGAGUGGCAUGAUUCAGUCAGUGGUAAAAAAUUUGCAGUCUUUAAUCCUGCAAAUGAAGAGAAAAUCUGUGAGGUUGAAGAAGGCGACAAGGCGGAUAUAGACAAGGCUGUUAAAGCAGCUAGAAAGGCUUUUGAGCUUGGGUCACCUUGGCGUACAAUGGAUGCUUCAGAGCGAGGAAGGCUCUUGAAUAAACUAGCUGACUUAGUUGAAAGAGACCGGCUGAUUUUAGCUACAAUGGAAGCCACUGAUGGUGGAAAACUCUUUUCCACUGCCUACCAAAUGGACUUGGGUGCUUGUGUCAAAACAUUACGCUACUGUGCAGGCUGGGCUGAUAAAAUCCAUGGGCGUACUGUUCCAAUGGAUGGAAACUUUUUUACAUUUACAAGACAUGAGCCUAUUGGGGUGUGUGGCCAAAUUAUUCCUUGGAACUUCCCAUUGGUUAUGUUCAUCUGGAAGAUUGCCCCUGCCCUUUGUUGUGGAAACACAGUGGUGGUCAAACCAGCAGAACAAACUCCACUGACUGCUCUUUACAUGGGAUCCUUAAUCAAAGAG